UAGAGCUAUCAAAAAAAUAAUUAUUCUUCACUUUUUUAGUAGUUUUAGUUCAGUGUUUGCAAUUUGGUCUUCUUCAAGAUCUUCUCAAAUCUCUAACUAUACAAUCUUUAUUUUUUAUGAUUUUAUAUUAUGUUGUUUAAUGUCUAAUAUAAUAUUAUGUUCAACACAGUUCUAUGACAUCAACAUAAUAUUAUUAAGUUUUAUUUCUAAUAUUUUUGUUUUUACAUAUUAUAAUAGUGAAUUAUUGAUAAAAGUGCCACUUUUUAAUUUAAACAUUUUUCUCUUAUAAAUAUGGUUCAAGUUAAUAAAGAAGCGUGUAUACCACUGUUACCUUAUGACCUAGGAUAUGAAGAGACUAUUUUACAGUUAAUAAAGUCAUUAGAUUGUCUAGAUAAGGUUGUUGAAUGUGUAUAUGAACAUGUAAAAGGUAAUAUAAAUUCCCAAAAAUCUGAAAUAGUUAAACUGAGUGAAAAAUUGAACAACAUAGCAAACAAAGUACAACAAUUGUCAAAUACCAAAAAAUCAAUUCAGGUUUAUUCCAGUUCCAAGUAUCCUGCUACACAUUUACAAAAAGAUUAUAAAUAUAGUUAUGAUUUAGAAAUAAAAUCGGAUAUCACAAACAACAUCCAAGUUGCUCAUCAAAUAUGUGUGUCCAAUGAUCCAAAUGAUAAGCUUAAAUUUUAUCAUGUUAAUGAUGAAAAUAAAAAAUUAUCCAAAAAUAAAGAUAUUAUUAAAAUGAAAGGUCUAGGCAAAUUACCUGAUGAUGUUAAUUACAUAAAUUCUUUAUUAUUAUUUAAUUCAAAUGAAAAUUUGUACAAAAACUAUGUAUUAUUUAAUCCUUAUAAAGUUAAAACAACACCAACAACUAAACAAGUUCAAAAAGUUCAAAACAUUAAUAAGCCUGUGUUUACACUACCAUUGAAUGACACCGAAAAUCAGUUUAAUUAUUCUUAUACACCAGUAUACGAAGAAGUUCCUACUAUUGAUGUGCCGGCUGAUUUACCCGAUCUUCCAGGUAUCGCAGGUGAUGUACUAUGUUUUAAAAAUGAAGAAGAAAACAUUUGUAUACCAGUUGUCAGUAAUCCAUCUAGUGUAGUAGAUCUUCCAAGUUUUGAUGAGUUAGAUGAAAUUAAAAACAAUGAAAUAGUUCCUGAAAAAUUGAUACAGACUGAACAAGAAAUCAUAAAAACAGCAGAACCUGAAGAAUUGUCAACUGUUGUAUAUAUUCAAAAUAAAAAUGAUCAUGUUGAAAACAUUGAUAAUUCUGUUAAAAAGGAACAAAAGGUAAAUAAUACUUAUAACGAUAAUAUUAAUACACACAGUGUUUUAAUGGACGAAAUAAGAAAUGCAGGAGGAUUACAAAAAGCUAAAUUACGUUCAGUGGUUGAUAGGAAAACUGACAGUGAAACAAUGCCUACAGGAGAUGGAUUAAUGGCAGAUUUGCAUAAAAAGUUAGCGAUGCGAAGGCAAGGGAUUUCUGGUAAUAAUAAACAAAAUGAUAGCAGCUUAGAAGGGGUCAUAUAUCGUAUGGCUUCAACAAUGUUACCUCCAAAUCUCGAAUCUGAAAGUGAAGCAGAUGGUGAUAACGAUACAGAAGGUGAUUGGGAUGAUUGAAUGUUCAAUAGGUCUAACAUAACAUACUUUUUGAUUCUUUUAUAACUAAAUUUGUUUGCUUUAUAAUAUUAUGUAUUAACUAUAAUAUAUUCAAUUGUUUAUUUGUCUAA